GUAGUCGAGAUAAUGGGAUUGUAUGAGAACGAUAUGCAUAAAGAGAGAGAACGCGAGUUGCGAACGUAAUCAUUUCAUAAACAAUAUAAAUACCGCAAGUAGAGUGCAGUUGAUCAUUUACGAUCAAAGCCAGUGAACAUGGAUUUCCAGAAGUAUUACGAUGCGGAGAAGAAGGUGAUUAACAUGCCGAAGAAGCAUGUGCCCAUCCAUCCCGACGGAUUAGGCGUCUACCUCUACGAGAACGUUCAGAAUCAUCUGGAUAAAUUGGCACAGAUUGAUGUCAGGACCGGGGAGAAGGAGGAUUAUCGGAGUUACGUGAACAGGUGUUGUUACGUCGCGUCGGAGAUGAAAUCCAGAGGAGUAACUCCGGAGGACAGGAUUUGUUUAUGCAGCCACAACCAGAUGGACACAAAUAUUGCCUUUAUGGGAACAAUUUACACGGGCGCAAAACCAGCGAGCCUGGAUCCGAGUUUAUCUGUGGAAGAUACGAUCCAUCUGUUGAAAAUAUCCACACCGAAAAUGGUUUUCGCGUCGGAAGACGCUGAGGAUCUGAUGGAAAAAGCCAUCAAAGAAAGCGGUUUGGAUAUUGAAUUGUUCAUCUUCACCAAGGACGCAUCCAAGAAGAACUCGUUCGCACCCUUCGUGGCGCCCAGAAACUUGGACGAUUUCCAAGUAUAUAAAGUGAAGAGCUUGGAAGAGACUUCCAUGAUUCUCUUCAGUUCUGGAACCACCGGAUUACCGAAGGGCAUCUGCCUCAGCCACAAAGCGAUCAUAUACCAUGUGGAAGAUGUACCGUUUCAAGUGACUUCGGUGCUGCUGUUCUCAUCGCUGUAUUGGAUAUCCAGCAUUUUCGCGACUCUCGUGAUGCAACGUUUCGGCACUUGUAAAGUCAUCUGCAAAAACUUUGAUGCCGUCGAAACGUGGAUGAACAUUGAAAAGUUCGAUAUAAAAACGGUUUUCUUAGCGCCGUGCGACGUCAUCAAUUUCUAUAAUAGAAUGCCGGAGGGACACGUCUCCACAUUGGAAAACCUUAUUAUCGGAGGUUCUCACCUUAACCCAGAUUACUUGAGGAAAUUGAUUAAGGCUCUGCCCAACACCGUGGUUAGUUAUUGUUAUGGACAAAGCGAGGCUUUCAACUUGAUCGAACCUACCUACAGGGAAGACAAAUUAGGCUCGGUAGGUGUUCCUAAUCAUGGAUUAUCCUACAAGGUUGUUAAUCCUGAAACUGAAGAAAACGUGGGAUUGAAUCAGGAGGGUGAGCUUCGUAUCAAAUACGAUUACGCCAUGACCGGUUACUACAACUGCGAUGCGAGCAGCGCCUGGGACGCAGAAGGAUACUUGAAAACUGGUGACAUAGUAUACUUUGAUGAGGACUUUCAUAUGUACGUAGUGGAUAGGAUCAAGGAGAUGUUCAAGUACAAAUCCUGGCAUAUCGUUCCCACUAAAUUGGAGAUGAUUUUGAUGAAACACGACGACAUAAACUAUGCGACGGUCGUCGGAAUUCCUCAUCCAGAAGACGACAACCACAUCAAAGCUAUUGUGCAGCUGAAAGAUGGUAGAACGGCGGAUCCGGAAGAGAUUAAGAGCUUUGCGGAGAGUUUCUUGGACGACAGGCACAGGAUUAGGGCAGGCGUUACUAUUGUUAAGGACUUUCCAGUCACUCCCACCGGGAAAGUCCAGAGGAGAAUCCUUAAGGACCUAGUCAUGAAGGGACGCAUUUAAAUUGCAUCAUCUGACUUUGUAAAUAACUAUAUUUUGUAUUAUAUACGAAUAAUCUAUAUUAUUACUAUAAAAAUACGCAUAUU